AUGUUGAACAUACUUUUCUCAAUAGUAUUUUUAUUACGGAUUGCUAAUUCAGAAUGGAGGCUUAUUGAGAGUGCAUUUUAUUAAGAGAGUUUGUCAAACACCUAAGGUUGGGAAUUUAAGAAAACCUGCACAGACAACUCAGUAGAAGGAUCCUCAAUAAGACAAUGCUAAACAAAUCAGUUGGAUUUCAUGCGCUUAAAAGAGGAUCGGACAAGAAUUGAGAAGGAAUUUUAUUAUCCUCAUUUUCAGCUUCGAAUCAUCACUGAUGCAUAUUACAUUCGAGCCAAGCCAAGCUCUAACUCAGAGUUUAAAAUAUCAUUAAUCGACUCAGGAGGAACUACUACGAUAUUUUCUAGACUAUAUUAAGAAUCAACUUUAUAGAGGUAUGACAAAGUAUGUAAAAACGACUGUCCAGGCAGUAAUUGCGGAGGAUUAGACGAAACAAGAGUAGAAAUUAAAACCAUUAUUUUGAAUGCAAUAAAUCACUAGAAAUCAGUGUUUGAUGUUUCAUAUUGUUAUAUAUACCAAGACAAUUCGAUGAGGGUUGGAUUAAGAAAUAUAUUGAUAUAUGCAAAUACCUGUCAUUUCACAUGUGCAUCUUGUUCAGGAAGCACUAUAAAUGAUUGCUUAACCUGCUAUUAAGGUGUAUUACAAGGAGGAAUCUGUAAGUGUGAUGAAUCCAAUUCAUACGUUUAAUUAUUGACAGGUUGCGUGUAGGAAUGUCCUAGAGAUUAUUAUCUAGCAGAUGAUUCUAAAUACUGUUAAUUUGAUUCGAGUAAGAUUUCAAAUUUAAUUAGGAAUCAAAUCAAAAAUCAGUUAUUUUACUUCCACUACUAUCAGUAAUGGCAACUUGCCACUUUACGAUCCAUGGGUGUAUGUGUCUGAUCCAUUUUACCCCUCUAAUACAAACAAGCUAGCUUAAUGUGGUAGUGAUGAUGUGAUAGGCAGGUUUUCAAAUUAUGAAAUGAUGUAUUUAAAAUUGGCUCAACAUAAAGCAUUAUCAUUCUUAAGAAUAAGAGCAUCCUUCUAUUUAUUUGGUUGGCAGACUGGUUCCUCAUUGCGAAUAACAGUAGAUUCCUAUUCAUAAGGUAUAAUUUUGAAGACUGCUACCAAUUACACCAUUUAGAAUGCAAGGUUAAAUAAGUUUAGUAGUUCCAGUUGCUCAGGAAAUAGCUACGACCUAUUGAGAAUUGAAGCAGUCCUUAAGACAUACACAACUACUCCUACUAUUAAGUUUCAGGCAAUUCCUAUUCUAUAGAGUGAAUAAUGGGCAUUCAAAAAUGUUACAAUUGAUUAUGGUCUAUGCUAAAGUAACUGUACAUCAUGUGAAACGUACUCUAGGUGUUUGAUCUGUGAUUCAGGAUUCAAUUUGUACAGAGGUACAUGUGUAGAUCAAUGUCCAAUUCACUCCACUUUGUUAGCCAAUGGUACUUGUUAAGAUUAUGAGGACAUUAUUCAAAGUAAUUUCUAUACAUAUAUUGUCAUUAGAUAGUAGAUAUUUGAUAAAAGCAUUUUAUGAUAUGAACACUACAUUUGAAGAAGUGUCAUCGAUAAUCGAUAAUUUUACUGAUUUAGCUGGAACCAUCAAAACUUCAUUUACAGGGUCGAUUUAUUCUUUUGUACCUGAAAAAUCAGUCUUAGGAGGUGUUUUAGUGUGGCAAGUAGGAAAGUUUCAAAAAACAUUUACCUCGUUAAAACCACAUUAUAAGAUAAGCUAUCGACUUAACGUUACCUAUGGAGAUGAGAUGACUGGAUGGUUUUCCUAUAAGUUCCAUUCCUAUCAAUCUCCACAAAUAACUAAUCCUAAUACAGGGACCAAUAAUUACAUAGGAGAUGUUAAGAGAGAGACUACUGUUUAUUAUUAAUCCUUAGAGCAAACUCAUUCCUCCUCCUAAUUAGACAUAGUCUUGGCAGGAAAUACGAAUUAGGGUUCUCCAGAAGAUGCAUUUAUCUAUGUAUCAGAUUAUUUUGUAGUUGUUCACUAUGUACUUUUAUCAUAUAAAUAAGUGUGCUCCUUUUUGUAAUGUAUGUCAUGGUCCAGCCAUCUCAGAUUGUGAUUCUGGAUACACUGGAUAUAGUUUAACUAGAUCUUGUAACACAAAUCAAUACUUAAGUUUCAACAGUGCCACUUAAGUUUAUUCGUGUUAAUCUUGCACUUAGUUAGGAUGCUUAGAAUGUUAAAGUGAUUCAGUUUGUACAAAAUGUGAAUUCUCUAAUACUAAUAAAUUUGUAUUAGACUAAGGAGAAUGCUAAUGUUAUCCCUCAGCAUAUUUGUCAGGCACAAAUUGCAUGUGUAAUUAUAUAUAGUUAUUAUUUAAGAAUGUAAUAGAUAUUGUGAAACUUGUUUCGGAUCUCUUAAUACAGAAUGCUAUACUUGUGUUUCUGAAUAUUAUAGAUCAAUCAAGAAGUAUUAAUGUUUAUGUAUUGAUGGGUAUUAUGAUGAUGGAUAUAAUUUACAAUGUCACCCUAUUUGUGGAGAUCAAAUAGUUGUAGAUGGAGAAGAUUGUGAUGAUGGCAAUAAUAAUCCAUUUGAUGGUUGUCAUUAGUGUAAAUUUGCUUGUCAAGAGAGCUGUAAAGAUUGUGCCAAUGGAGAAUGCUAUGACUGUAAAGACCAUUACAUUCUAAUUGAAUCUAUCCAUAAAUGUAUUAAUAAUUGUGGAGAUUCAAUUAUUAUUGGAAAUGAAGAAUGUGAUGACGGUAAUAUUUAUCCAUAUGACGGUUGUUAUGAAUGUAAAUUUGAAUGUUAUGAACACUGUACUAACUGUGUAUUUGGGAUUUGUUAUCAAUGUGAUGAAAAUAAUGGUUGGUAUUUGACUGGAGUUGAUUGUGAACCUAUUUGUGGAGAUGGAAUUCUGGUUCCAGGAGUUGAACAAUGCGAAGAUUCAAAUUAUGAUCCAUUUGAUAGAUGUGAUAUGUGCCAAUUAGCCUGUUCAGAAUAUUGUAAGUAAUGUUCCAAUGGAAUUUGUGUUUAAUGCAUUACUGGAUUUAAAUAUGUAUCUGCCACUAAACAAUGCAUACCUAUUUGUGGAGAUUUUUCAGUUGUUGCGUAUGAAGAAUGUGAUGAUAAUAAUUUUGUAGAAUUCGAUGGAUGUUAUUAAUGUUAAUUUAAAUGCUAGACUUCUUGCACUGAUUGUAGAUAUGGAAAAUGUUAUGAAUGCAAUACUCUUGGAUGGGAGUUAAAUUUAUCAGAAUAUAAAUGCGACAUUAUAUUGGAUGAUGGUCUGUUUAAAUCAACAACAGAAUAUUGUGAUGAUGGCAAUACGAAUCCUAUGGAUGGAUGCUAUUAAUAGUAUUAUGAAUGUUAGGAUUCAUGUUCUGUUUGCUAAAAAGGUUAUUGUAUUUACUGUAAGUAAAACUGGUAUUUAAAUUUAUCUGAUAAUCUUUGCUAUCCUAUAUGCGGCGAUAAAGUUAUUGUUGGAAAUGAAUAAUGUGAUGAUAAAAAUACAUUAAUGCAUGAUUCUUGCAAUAAAUGUGUAUUUCAAUGUGAUCCUAAUUGUUCAUUGUGCGAUUUUGGAUAUUGUUAACAAUGUGAAAUAGGAUACGCAUUAGUUAAUAAUAUAUGUGUUGAGAUCUGUGGAGAUGGUUUAGUUGUUGGUAAUGAAGAAUGCGAUGAGAAUGAAUAAAUCUUAGAUUCCUUUUGUUCAAAUUGUAGAUAUAAUUGUGGAUCCAGUUGUUCGUUAUGCACAAGAGGAGGAUGCCAAUAAUGUAAAAUUGGGUAUUUAAUGGAUAACUAUGAAUGCUAACCUAUUUGUGGUGAUAGAAUAAUAGUUGAAUAAGAAUAAUGUGAUGAUGGGAAUGAUUAACCAUUCGAUGGUUGUCACAAUUGCUAAUUUCAAUGUUAAGAAGAAUGUUCAGAUUGUAAAUUCAAUCAUUGUUACGAUUGUAUGAUUGGAUAUGUUAAUAAAGAUUUUAGUUGCAUUGAAAAUUGUGGUAACUCCUUAUCUACUAAGAAUGAAAAAUGUGAUGAUGGGAACUUAGAGGCAUUCGAUGGAUGUUACAAUUGCAAUUACUCUUGUGAUGAGGAAUGUGAAAUAUGUCAAGAAGGGAUGUGUUUCAAAUGUAGUAAAAUUGGAUGGUAGAUCAGCAAUGUAACUUUUAGAUGUGAACCGGUUUGUGGAGAUAAGAUUGUUGUAGGUAAUGAAUUUUGCGAUGAUGGAAAUGAAAUUAGAUAUGAUGGUUGUUUUGAAUGCUAUUAUGAAUGCGAAUAACCAUGUACUGAUUGUGUUAAAGGAGUAUGCUAGGAAUGUAAUACAUUGGGAUGGUUGCUAGAAGAUUUUAAGUGUGUUCCAAUUUGUGGAGAUUUAAUAAUAGUUGAUAUAGAAUAAUGUGAUGAUGGUAAUGAUAUUCCAUAUGAUGGAUGCUUUGAAUGUGAAUACCAAUGUUAAUUAGAGUGCACUAAUUGUAACAAAGGUAUUUGUGAGGAAUGCAAUACCAAUGGUUGGGUACUGUUAGAUUAACGUUGUUCAACUAAGUGUGGUGAUGGAAUAACUGUGAAACCAUACGAAUUAUGUGAUGAUGGGAAUUCAGUUCCAUUUGAUGGCUGCUUUGAUUGUGACUUCUAAUGUUAAGAAAUUUGCGGUGAAUGUGUUGAAGGCAAAUGCUAUAGAUGUGAUGAAUUAGGAUGGGUUAUUGAGAACUACCUCUGUGUUCCUUAUUGUGGAGAUGGAUUGAUUGUAGGGAAUGAAUAAUGUGAUAGUGGAAAGAAUGUAGAUAGCUUUUGUAAAGAUUGCAAUUUAGUUUGUGAUUAGUAUUGUGUUGAUUGUAUUGAAGGAAUAUGUAAUCUUUGUGAUCAAGGAAGACAACUAUAAAAUAAUUAUUGUGUAUUGUUAUGCGGAGAUGGAAUUCUUGUUGAAGAAGACUGUGAUGAUGGCAAUCUUGAAAAUCAAGAUGGCUGUUCAGAGAGGUGCAAAGUUGAAACUGAUUGGGUAUGUCUAAAUACAUAAUUUCUAACCAGCACAUGUAUUUAUUCUAUUGCUCCAGAUAUGAAACUCGACAGUCUCAAUCAGAAUCCAGAAAAUGUUGAAACGGUUUCUAUUACAUUUAAUUAGCCUAUGAUGCUUAAAUAUAAUGAAAAUUACACUGCUGAUCAUUAUUUCGAAGGCAACAUAACAAAUCUCUUAUUUGAAUAAUAUGAAGUUACUUUUGAGUUUAGAGUGCCUCCUUAAUUUGGCUAAGUGGAAGAUAUUGAAGCCAUAGCAACAGUUAAAUUUUAUGAAAAUGUUGAUGAUCCUAUUCUUAUUGUUACACUUAACUCAAGUGCCAUAGUCACUCAAUAUUAUACUAUUAUUACAGAUAACGAAAAAGAAAUUAGAUUAAAAACUCCACUUGUGCUUUCCUAAUCUUAAUUAGAUAAUUCAGAAAAUGCUAAGUCAUUUUUAAGUAUUGUUAUCUACUUUUUGAUAACUUUAUCUGCUUUUUGUGUUAUAACAGGAUCUUUUGAAAUCUUUUGGAACUUGAUGGAUUUGCUUCAAUAUCUAUCGUAUAUAAAGUACAUCAACAUCCCAUUUCCCACAAAUCUUAAUAUUUAUUUUGAAGUUUUUAAAUUAAUUUCAAUUUAACCAUUAAUGGAAUUCACAGGAAUCAGUACUCUCUUUGAUUUUGCAGAUGGAGAAGAGUAGUAUGUUGUAGAAACUUCAAAUAAAUUUAAAUUAGAUCAAAUUAAUGGGUACUUCUAUGUGAAUUUCCAAAGUUCAAUCUUUUGCUUUUUGGGUUUAUUCUCUGGAUAUGUUAUUGCCAAAGGUUUAGCAUCAUUUCUUUAUUAAUUAGGACCUUAUCAACUUGCUAAUUUUGGCUUUUAUCCAAUUAAAUUCAUCUAUGUUUUCAGAAACCUCUUAAAAAAAAGCUAUAAAGCAUUUUACUUUAGUGCAAUUAUCAAAAUGAUUAUGUCCAAUUAUUACGAUAUCAGUUUCUCUGUAUUUAUCUAAUUAAACAAUUUUAAUACAGAUAACACUGUACUCAAAAUAAAUUCUUACGCGGCUUUAGUUGUUUGUGCAUUGUAACUACUAUUUUUUACUUACAUGUUCACUAAAUAACUUUCAUUUACAAAGAAAGUAACUACUAAAAAUAUAGAAUAAUAUUCUGCUCUAUUUGAAGGAGUAUCAGAUUCUCCUAACAUCUGGAUUACGUAAUAUAACACUAUCUUGUUAUUAAAGAAAUAAGUUUUUAUCUUCCUAAUUGUGUAUAUGGGAUAAAACGGUCCCUUAUAAACAAUCACAAUUGGAUUAGUUUAAACUGUGUUUCUCCUGUACGUAUUUGUCUAGAAACCGCUUGAAAAUAUUUAAGAAUACUAUAAAACAUUAGUUGCUGAGUCCUUGUUGGCUUUUAACACCUUAUUAUUUUUGGCUUAUUCCUAUCGAGUGUAGCUAGAAUUGUCAAUAGAUGAUUACAUCCUGAUUGGCUGGAUUCAUAUUGCUAGUUUUAGUUUCAUUCUGCUGUUUUCAUUAAUUUUCGACAUCAAAUCCCAAGCAACUACUCUGUAUAGAAAGAUUAUCUAAAUUAUAUAAGGAAAAAAACCAGAAGUUAAAGCUGGCACAGUUAUAUUUUAUUGA